AUGUCUGCCAACGCAACCAUCAACAGCGAGACGGGCAACCACCCUGUCGACCCUUACAAGACCCAGAACUCGGAAGACCCGCCACUGCCCCAAAAAGUCCAAGAUUUGGCUGACUUUAUCUCCGAAGUCAAGUUUGGCAUGUUGACAACCAAGCAAUCGGAGGGUGAAUUUCUGACAUCGCGAUGCAUGGCACUCGCCGCCAAGGAACACGGCGGUAUUGAUCUCGUUUUUCAUACCAAUCUCUUCUCCGGCAAAACAAUGGAUUUGACCGUCCACCCGCAAGAAACUAAUAUGUCCUUCCUCGACCCUGUCAGCGGCGCGUGGGCGUCCAUUUCCGGUACUGCCUCGAUUGUCUCCGACCCAGAAACUGUACAGAAAUACUACUCGCCGCAAUUAAAGGCUUGGCUUGGUGAUAUGGGUGACGGUGUUCACGAUGGUGGACCGACUGAUCCGCGCAUCGGUGUGAUUAAGCUGGAGGCGAAGCUGGCUACGCAUGUUGUUGCGACAAAGGGAAUCCUUAGUCGAGCCGUUAAUACUGUGAAGGGUGCCAUUAAGGGUGAAGUUCCUGCCAUCAACAGCAUUCGGGAGUUGAGUCUGGAGGAGUUGGCCGAAUCCCUUGAGCAGCGGUACAUCGAGAAGAUGGCAGUGGCCCACCAGAAGAAGAGUCUCUGCCGGGACAACUCCCACUUCACCGAAAUCUACUUGGAGCAGCUCUGGCUUGAGAUUUUAGGAUAUCCGGUAGACAGUCUGAAUCCUUCUGACGACUUCUUCCACCUGGGUGGGACGUCUUUGCAAGUUGCCAACCUCAUCAACCGGAUUCAACGUUCAUUAGGAAUCGAGCUACGGGCCACCACGCUGUACGAGAACUCGUCACUGGGCCAGCUGACCCGAAUAGUGAAAAGGCUCGAGGACGGAACAGCCGUGCAAGAUCCGACAGAUGAGCUGAACAUCCUCGCACAGGAUUCAUCGCUGGGUCAGGAUCUACAGACAGCUUCCGCUCCGGCCAUUGACUGGCUCGAUUAUGCAGAAGGCCGAGUCUUCUUGAUGGGAGCCACUGGGUUCGUGGGUGCCUUCCUUCUCGCUUCACUGCUGUCGAUGCCCCAUGUCAAGCAACUCGCAUGUCUUGUUCGUGCGCAUGACGAGUCCACCGCUGAUACGCGCAUAAAGAAGAUGCUGGCCAAGUAUGGUUUGUCUGGCGUCCCAGAAGACAAGAUCAUUGCUAUCCCGGGCGACAUAUCCUUGCCGGGGCUGGGCGUGUCUCGGGAGAUUUACGACCACUACGCAACCUGGGCGAGUGUGGUCUUCCACUUGGGGGCACUGGUCAGCUAUGUUCAGCCGUACUCACGGCAUAGAGCAACGAAUGUCCUCGGAACACUCCAACUGUUAGCUUUUGCAAACCACUCCCGACCAAAAAGACUUGUCUACUCGUCCAGUGUCGCUGCGUAUGGACCAACGGGAUUUACCCGAGGAACCCAGAACGUUCCAGGGGACGAGAGGCCAUUGGAUCAUCUUGAAUCCCUCCAGUACAACACCGGAUACUCUCAAAGUCAGUUCGUAGCGGAGAAUGUGCAACGCAAAGUCUUCGCUCCGGUCGAUUUUGUGGUAGAUGCGAUGCUGCGAAUCUCCGCGUCGGCCGAGAACGAAGGCCAUGCGUAUAACCUCAUCCAGCCGGACCCCAUUGAUCUCCAGGAAACUUUUAGUCUUAUCAGUGCACAAUGUGCGCGCCCACUGAAAGGCGUCUCUCUUUCGGACUGGGUGUGUAUGUUCGUCAAUGAUGUGAAAAGCCCGCUGCAUCCUUUCAUUCCGCUGUUUCAGGAGCGUGUUUGGGGCGACCGAACCCCCUGGGAAGUGCAAGAAAGUGCGCCCCAAUUUGAGAUCAACAACACUAUCCAGGCCCUUCGCAAACAUCCGGAACUUCUUGCAUGGAAGCCAGCGUCGAAUUUGCUUCGAAAGUACGUUUUGGAGUGGUCUGGAACCUCGAACCACUUCUAA